CUGACUUCAGUGCUGGCCAAUCCCAUGAGUGAUAGCAACUUGGCUAUAUUUCUGUCAGAGAUUAAUCAGCAGCUUGGCGCUAUUUACGAUGAGGAAAUUUUGGCCCUGAUGAAAAGCGAGUUAAGUGGACAGAGCGAUUCCACAGCACUUCUCCAAGCAAGUUUAGCCAAUGAGAAGCUGCUCAGUUAUGUGAAGGGUCAGCACUCUCGAGUGGCCAAGUAUAAGCGAUUGCAUGUGGGAGAUGCACUGCAGCGACGUCAGCUGGAGCGUAUUCCUCAGCUGGGCUACGAGGCACUUGGUGACGUAGAAUUGAAUCAGCUUUAUGCUCUGGCAGCCAACUUAAGUAACAGCUGUCAAAGAGUUAGGCUUUGUGCCUAUAGACAACCGACUAAUUGUUCAUUAAGACUUAUACCAGAUGUGCAGAAGUUGGUGCAGGAGUCUACGAAUCUGGAGGAGAUUGAGUACUAUUGGUUGGAGUGGCGACGAGCUGCAGGUCUGUCCAAGCGGCAUCAGUUUGUGGACUUUAUGGAGUUGUAUCAGAAGUCGGCUAAGCUCAAUGGUUUUGUCCAUGCCGAGGAUUUUUGGUUCCGACAACUGGAGCUGAGUGGUGACCAGGCUAUGAAGCUAUUAAAUGACAUGAUGACCGCACUGCGUCCUUUAUUUAUACAGUUUCAUGCUCAUGUGCGUGCUGCGCUUAGAAAGAUGUAUGGCGAGCAGUUUGUGCCAAGAGGUCGCCCUUAUCCUCAGCAUCUAGCUGAGAUCUUUUUGGGCAAUGCUUUUAGACGUCCUCGGGCUGAUUGGUUUAAGGACAUGCCGUCUCCAGAGUGGGGACUCGCCAAUAUAACAGAGGCAUUGCAUCGACGUGGAAUGAGCACAACCCAGCGUGUAUUUUGGAAUGUGGCGGAGUACUUUCAUGGACUGGGGUUGCCCCAAUUGCAGAGUGCACUAUGGUCUAAUGCACAGACUGUGGCUGCCCACAACGAGGAUGAAUGCUGGCAUAAGGCUUGGAGAUUCUACACCGUGUCUAGUGUCAACUUUAGCUACUGUCCCCUUAACGAUGAGGAGCGUUUUUUCAACAUGUUUGAGGCACAGUCUGAUCUACAGUAUUACCAAGCAUCCGCGGCUCAACCCACGCUGUUACGGGAGGAACCUUUUCCCAAUUUUGGUGAUGCUCUAGGCAAAUGCUUCUCCCUUGCUGCCUCCUCUCCACCUUAUCUGCGCAAGCUUGGCUUGCUCCGCAGCAAAAAGUGGUUGGAUCCUUCUGCUCGCCUGAAUCGUUUGUAUCUUCAGGGAUUGAAAGUUAUCUUUCUCCUGCCCGUUUUCUAUGUGCUGGAUCGCUAUAGAGUAGAAGUGCUGGGUGGACACAUCAAGGCGGACGACAAUGAAGCCUACUGGAGACUGACUGAGCUUUACACUGGAGCCACAGCUCCACGAAGACGCAGUAAUGAGCAGUUCGAUGUGCCCGCCAAGCUUCUGAUGGAGGUAGAUGAUCAGUACACAAGUCAAUUCUUAAGCACUGUUCUGCAGUUUCAACUCUAUAAACACUUCUGCAGUAAGACUGGUCAGUAUAUGGAGGAUUCUGUGCACACGCCAUUGGAUCUCUGCGAUUUAUCAGAUCAGCGUGAGUUAGGUCCAAGUAUAUUUCAUGCCAUGUCGCUGGGCUCGUCGUUGCACUACAGGGAAAUUUUGCAACAGCUUAUAGGUACUAAAGAAAUUAACAUGGAUGGACUUUUGACAUAUUUUCAACCUCUACACGAUUGGCUGAUACAACAGAAUCGUCAAAAUAAUGUAGAGAUUGGCUGGAUUUAG